AUGCAGUUGGGUUUCCAUCUCCUCCUCCUGGGGCUCAUGGCCUUCAGGGCUGAGCUGACGCUGGUCUCUGCUCAGAAACGUCCAGAUUUUUGCUACCUCCCUAAGAAGGUGGGACCGUGUAAGGCAUUCACACCCCGUUUCUUCUACAAUUCCCACACCCAGAACUGUGAGCGUUUCUUUUAUGGUGGCUGCCAGGGGAAUGUAAACAACUUUGAAACUCUUGAGAAAUGUCAACACACCUGUGAAAAUCCAGCUGGAGUCAGAAUUACCAUGACCGUGAUGCAGAGUCAGACCCCUCUCAACUGGCACGAGCACGUUCCUGUGAUCUGGACCCAGUGUUGGGGUCUCAAAGGCUGCGGUGUAGACCAAACUCCCUCCUGA